UGAAUGUUCGCACUUGAAAUUCGCUGUAUGGCUGAAAAACCCACAGCCUCACACACACACACACACACAACACACAGUAGCGAGUGAUCAUGAAAGCUCUGUCAUCUCCAUUCCCAAUCUUCGGCCCGAACCCUAGAAACCCGCACCUCCCCCUCAAUUCCCACCUCCUCAAACUCAAAUCCGUCGCCACUCAGCCGUCGUGCAAAGCGGCCGCCGUGAUUCCUUCCCCGCCCCCGAAUUUCAACUUCAGGAAUGAAAUCCUCGACAUCUCCACAGCCGCAAUAGCCGAAACUCACCCAGAAUUACUCGAUUUGGCUACAAACGGAACCUUGGUCCUCAUCAGAAAACCCCAAUACGGCCCCGUUCCGUCCUGGAGAACUGAGUUUGUUGAGCCGGAGGCGAUUUGGAUUGUUGGGACAACCCAUAUUUCACCGGAAUCAGCUUCCGAUGUCGAAAGGGUUAUCAAUUCUGUCCGCCCUGAUAAUGUCGUUGUGGAGCUUUGUAGAAGCAGAGCUGGGAUCAUGUACAUUCCCGAUAAUGUUGACCAGAGUCAACAACUAAGAUCCAGCAUGUUCUCUCUGAGUGGAAAUGGCUUCUUUGGCGCCAUUGGCCGAAGCAUCAACUUGGGUGGUCAAACUGCUUUAGCCUUGCGGUUGCUCUUGGCAACUUUCUCUUCAAAAGUAUCUUCCGAUAUCAAUCGCCCCUUUGGUGAUGAGUUCCGUGCUGCUCGGAAGGCUUCUGAAGAAAUUGGUGCUCAAAUAGUGUUGGGUGAUCGUCCGAUAGAGAUAACCCUUGAAAGAGCGUGGAGUUCAUUAAAGUGGAAGGAGAAACUGAGCUUAAUCUCCUCUGUUGUUCGUGGAAUAACAUCAUCUGACAUCUCCGAUAAUAAGGCAUUGGAGAAGCCUAGUGGUGGUGAUAGCAAUUUGCAGCUAUACGAACAGCUUAGUAUUUCGUAUCCAUCUCUGCUGCCUUCACUCAUACACGAACGAGACACUUUUCUUGCAUGGUCCCUGAAAAGGAGCAAAGCCGUAAAUAACGGCAAGAAAGUGGUGGGCGUUAUCGGUAGGGCCCACAUGAACGGAGUCAUAUAUUCACUACUUUCCGAUACCGGAAAUUUGCGAUUCAAAGACCUCGCCGGAAAACGGGACGGAGAAAAAUACGGCUGGGCUGCUUCCAUUGCUAAAGACUUGCUUAGAGACACUGUAAUUGGUGUUAUACUAUGGCUAGCAUAUGAACAAUUGAAGUCAAUUUUCUAGGGUUACAUUCACCUAGUAUACUUUAUAUGUAAAAACUCAUUAUUUUUUCGAGAAAUAUAUAAUAUGUGAAUGUGCACGAAAAUUCGCCACGUGUCUUAUG